AACCCUGCUGUAUUUAAAGGGGAGCAGUUUGCUCAGUGAAUGCAACUUCUCGAAAGAAAUUUGAGUUCCUCAAGGAAGUUCUGCACCAUCAUGAUGAAGCUGAUCGUUUUCGUUCUCUUAGCUGUCUUAAUUCCUGCAAAAUAUGCAAGUGAUCAGCAGUCCUGUGGUUAUCCAUGUAUUCCAGAGAGUCAGAUUAACCAGAAGAUCCAGGAAGCAGUUGAUUCCAAAGUGUCCUCUGUCCUAUUGAAGAGCCAGCUGAUUUGCACAGAUGCAUUUGCACGUGCUGCUGAUGCCCACUGCCCUUCAGGUGAGACACUUUGCUGGGAGAGGAGAACAGAUUGGGAGGAAAUUAGAAGUGGGCUCAUGGUGGCCAGAAGGGCAAUAACAGAACUCCCUCUGUGGGUAGAUGCAAAACACAUUUACACAAACCUCUGCUUCCUUUGUGCAGACGUCAGUAUAAAAUAUAAGCUCAGAGCUGGAGGCAGCUGGUUGGGUUGCUUAGCUGGAUCAUUAGCACAGCAUGCACUUGCAUCUUUACUUGCUGGUGGAAGGACAACAAGGAGGGAGCCAGUCUAACUUCUCUAGGGAGGGAUUUCCAAAGUUUGGGAGCAGCCACUGAGAAGGCCCUCUCCUGUGAAUUGGACCCAGAAACAGACCAGUGGAGCUAUUGUCACAAGGGAGUUGUAUGCUCCCUCCAUACCAUGGCGAUUCAACGCUCUGCUGUCUGUCUCUCUAACUUUUCUUUUC